AUUGUUCUCACUCAUCAUUUCACACCUCAACACAAAUUAAGAGAAGUUUGCUUAAUUAAAACACUAAGAUUUUAUUCAAAACAAGAAAAUGAAGAAAUUUGUUUUAAUCACUUUCAUUAUUCUAAUCACGAUUACAUUUUGUUCUUCAAGCAGCAUUGGGAGUGCAACUGGAGACGAUGAAGAUUUAAAUCGAUCAGCUCGUCGAGUUGGUGCCUGCACCGAGACCUGGAUUAAGUUUUCACUUAGAAAUGCCGCUUGUAACACUUGGUGCAGGCAGGUAUUAAGAAGAUCAGGAGGAUACUGCAAUGGUAGUACAUUGAUCUGUACUUGUUUUGCACGUUGAAAUGUAUAAAAUAAAUAAAAUUAAAAAAUGAAAACAAGAA